ACAUUCAGCCGGCAUCAUACAUAGGGACCUAAAGCCAAGCAACAUAGUUGUGAAGUCCGACUGCACGCUGAAAAUCUUGGACUUUGGACUGGCGAGGACGGCAGGCACUACGUUCAUGAUGACGCCGUACGUGGUGACCCGCUACUACCGCGCGCCAGAGGUCAUCCUCGGCAUGGGCUACAAGGAGAACGUGGACAUCUGGUCGGUCGGCUGCAUCAUGGGCGAGAUGAUCCGCGGCGGUGUCCUCUUCCCCGGCACCGACCAUAUAGACCAGUGGAAUAAAAUAAUAGAGCAAUUGGGUACGCCCUCUUCAGACUUUAUGAUGAGACUGCAGCCAACUGUCCGAAACUAUGUUGAGAAUCGACCCCGAUAUCAAGGUUUCUCCUUUGAAAGGCUCUUCCCUGAUGUUUUAUUUCCGUCUGAUUCUUCCGAGCACAAUAAACUCAAAGCGAGUCAAGCGCGAGACCUGCUUUCGAAGAUGCUUGUGAUCGACCCCGAAAGGCGGAUAUCUGUAGACGAUGCACUCAUGCACUCCUAUAUCAAUGUGUGGUACGACGAAGGAGAGGUCAAUGCUCCGGCGCCGGGGCCGUACGACCACUCGGUGGACGAGCGCGAGCACACAGUCGAGCAGUGGAAGGAGCUGAUCUACCAGGAGGUGAUGGAGUACGAGGUCAGCCACAACGCUGCCUCCACGCCGCACCGCCCCAAUGCCAACGCCUCCGCCUCCGCCCCCGACGAGCCGCCCGAGGCCGCAUCCCCGCCCCCCACCACCCGUCGGUAACUCCCACUCCCCCAGACGGUUGUUUCCGGUUUUGUGGUUGGCCUGCUUGCUCGCUAUCUUUCUCUCUCACUCUCUCUCUGUCACCAAGCUAUCAUGAGCUUAUCUUCUUCAAAAUAACUUGUUAUUUUUUUAUAUCGCUGUAACUGUUACAUUUUUCAUGGUUGCUAUCAGAACCGUUUUUUAUACUUGAUAUAACCAAAUACUUGAUAGUUUUUAAUGUGGCGCUAUGGAGUGCAUCUGUGUGACGAACGUUAUCCUAUUCAAAGUUCGCUUUCUUAGGGUGUGAUCACAUUAGAACAGUUAGCAUACUUCAUCAUCUACAGAUCGUUCAAAUAGUAGGUAGCCUACUCUAGUAGAUCAACUGCUCACUUAUCGUUUUUAGUUCUAACUAUGGCAGUAACCUUAUUGUUAUCAAGAUAAAAUAUAGCAUUGGAUCAUUGUUGGGUUGAGGCAACAAAUCGUGUUAAAGUUUGAGCCUUGGGUGUGAUCACAUUAGAUGCGUAUAUUAUGUGCAACUGCAAAUCGAAUCAUGCCUUUCAAAAAUUGCCAUUGAAAAAACACGUUGUGACUUGCAUGUAGCUGCUCACACUGAAUGCAACUAGCAAGUGCAAGCUUUCAGUGUGAGUGUUCCUAUUGCUCUUCCCAGGUUUUGUUUCUAUCUGCACGCUUGGUCAAAUGGUCACACAUAACCAAGCUUGCACUUGCACAUAUACGGAUCUAAUGUGAUCACACCCUAAGGCUCGAACUUUGAACACGAUUUGUAGCCUUGACCCAACAAUUAUAAUAUGUUCUGAUAAGAAUAAGGUUACUGCCAUAGUAAGAACUAAAAACGAUCAGUGAUCAGUCUAGUAGGCUACCUACUAUUUAAAUAAUCUGUACCGUAUAUGAACUAGAUUGACUAACUGCUCUAUCCUCUUGUUACUAGCCGAGUUCUUGCAGUUUCUCAACAUGAGAGCUACUCCUUUGCUAGGCUGCAUCUAUACCACUUCGAGCUUUGAUCACAUAUUUGUAGGCAAUAGAGGAGGAAAAUGACAGAAUAACUAUCAAAUCCAUAAUUUUCCGGUUUGUGCUGCAUAGAAAAAUGGCCCUUGAAGUGUUUUAUUAAUAUUUCCGUUUUAUGAUACUGUAGAAAACCAAUAUUAGUGAGAAUUAUGAAAUCCAUCGUCCGUAACUAGGUAACUUAAUUCUUGAAACAAAAUAUUAGAUUUUAUAGCUGACAUAAUUCAUCCACCUUGAAUAAUUAUUGUAGGACGAUAUACUAUCGAUAGGAUUAUACGUUGAGGUAUCUAUCAUGUGUGAUAGAUCUAUACUUUCAAAUUUUUUGAGAUCAAGUUUGUUUUAUUUGAGAUUUUUUUUUAUAUCUAAUGAUAAUAAUACUGUCCCGCCACAGUAAUUUGGGUGGUUCUAAUCAAUAAGCAAGUUGAUUAAACUCCAUCAGAAACUUUAGUAAAAAACAAAAAUUAUCAUUUAAUUCUUAGCAUUUAUUAGAAUAAUACUAAUAAAGACGAUUUCAUCGCCUUUAUAAGUAGUAGUUCCAAUAAUUACCUUUCGCACAUAAAUACUAUAUACGAAGAAACUUCGGAACUUAAAUUAUUACCUGAUAAUUUAAAUGUGAAAGAUACAUAGAGGUAAUGUGACUAAACAUGUGCAAUGACUUCACGUUUUAUUUUUUUAAUUUUAGACUCUGAAUCUGUUUAGAUGUACUCAUUUUAUUGAGUAUUGAUUUUUUUCAAGUUUUAUUUAUUAUUUACUCAUAUUUAUUUGAUCAGCUUAUGACUUUUUACUCACACACUAUUUAUGUGGGUAUUUCAGUCAAUUCAUUGACAAAUAGGUUGCCAAUGACUUCGAGGUCUUGAAGGAAUGAUCCAAAAAGUCUGGACAAGGUUGGCAUGAAUGUUUACCAUUUUAAAACAAUUAUAAAGGCAAACCGCUUUAAAACUAUCUUCAUUUACUGUUUUAGAGUUUUCACUUCUUGAUUCUUGAUCUGUCGUGGAAUUUAUUAAAAAUUCCACUCUUACUUGUGAUCCUCUAUAAAAUUGUUGGCCACCUUUUUUCCUGGCUACAACUUAUAACGCCUUUGUAUUUUACUUGAAGGUUUUUGAAUUUCUCCCUAUUCUUAUUAAUUUUCAGUACUGUUUGUAGUAUUUAAUUAAGUGCCAUUUCAAUAGUUUAAAUACUAUUUCUAUUCACUGUACUGAGGCUAAGAGGUAUUAGUUACAAGUGUGUUUCUCAAAGUUCAAUAAUAAUAUUGUAGGUCAACUACAAAACAUGGAAAUCAAAUAUUACUCAAAGUACAAAACCUGAAGUGUGUAAAAAAGAAUAGGUUUACUUGAUCGGAUGCAAUACAAUGUGCUGCUUGGUAGCAUAAUAUGAAUCUUGGAUUCAGGUUGGAGAAAAAUGAUAGUUUGGCGCAACUCAUCAGCUCACAGAAUACUAUGUUAAAGCAAUGAUAUACAAUAUUAUUCAUCAAUUGUGAAGUGUUAUGUGAUAGAAGUCGAAUAAAGUCUAUGAUACAAUGCUUUUUUACUGCUACCUGAGUUUUGCUAACGAGACGAUUCAUCUUAGAACAAUCAUUUCACAUAGAAUGUUGAUACUAGUUAUUAUUAUCAUAAUGAUAAUUGUGAUCCAUGUAGUUUAUACGAGUAAUAAUAAUAAUAUAGCAUUAAAUAAUCAUAAGAACCCUUCAGAAUGGUUCUUAGCUUGAUAUUGGUAAGAAUCUCAUAUUUAUUCUGAUUUUCUCUUUCCAAUUCAUUGCCUAUUAUAGUCUUAACAAAUUGAUUGUUUGUAAUGUAGACUUCAUGCAUAUUCUGUGUAUUUCCAAUAGAUCCAUCCUAAUUCAAAACACAUUAAUGAAUGCUUUUCUCAUUCGAAUUCAUAGAUCUGAAUUAGAUUCUUUGGAAUUGUCCAUUCUCUUUUAAAACCAUGAAAUAAGAUUCUCAUUUUUGUCUGUGUUAUAUAUGUGUUGCCAUAAUUCAUCAGCCAAUGAUUAAUUUGAAUUUAUAUUAAUAUCUUAUUUCAAUUGUAAUUGUUGUUCAUCAAGUAAUCUUUUAUAUUGUAUUUAGGUGAGAGCUUUGUGAAUGAAUAUAAUGACACUAAUUAGUAACGACUGCGAGUGAAUUUUCCAAUAGUUCAAUUUACGUAUUGGUUUUUCUAGUCAUUGCUUUAACUCGAUAGUUCAAUAAAAAAAUACUUGUAAUAAUAAUUAAGCAGUAAUGUUAUAUUGUGUCUAGUAAGGUAGUACACAUAGUUGAGGCAAAUGUUAGUGGAAUGUAUUUUAUUUUAUGUUAGUCUGUAUCAUCACCAUUAAUACUUAUUUAUUUAUAAAAUACAAUUUGUGUAUAAAUGUAUAUAAAGACAUAUACAAUAUAUUUUAAUAGCCCUAUUAUAAUAGUAUAUGAUUGAAUACCCAUUGUCAACGUAAUGAAUGUUAAAAAACAUCUACAUUUGUCGCUCAAAUGUUUGUAUUCUAUCUUGUGGGGUUUGCUUGAAAUUUUCUAUUUCAAUUAUAUUUUGUGUUUUAAUUUGACGAAGAAAAUUCUUGCGAUAAAAUUUCACAUUAUUCACAGAGUACAUGCACUUAUAUCAAUUGAAAAUGUACUGCGAGUAAAUAGUUGUAUUUGAAAAUCGGAAUUGAUAUUCUUAGGUCUGUAACAUUUAAUUCUACAUGAUUUAUGUUUAUUUUGAAAUUGCAAUACUUAAUUAAUUGUGAAAGCUUUGUUCAAUUUAUUCUGAAUCAAAAUAAAAACCAACUACUGUCAAAAUAAAUCAAGUUUGUAUUUUACAUUGUACACACUAAAAUGUAUUUCCUCUCUAAAACCCAUACUAAAGGGUAUUGUUAACUAGAGAUAUUUGAUUAAAUCGAAUUUUCUCAACUUUAAAAAUUUAGCACAUUAUCUGCCAACAUUAGCUCUACGGUUGCAUAGCAAUUUAAAACGUAUAUUUCCAAAAUUUACCAAACAUUUCACAGCACAAAUUAAAUUGAAAAUACCUUAUUUAUUGUUAUUCAGUAAAAAAAUGUUCAUAGAUUAGGUACAAUUGACAAUAACUGUUCAGUUUGAUGUAGUUGUUUUGAACCAAGCCAGGUAUUUGGCGCUAAUUUGAAAUGACACUAUAAGUUGAAUGUUUCUUCGUCUUAUUCAAUUCAAGCUGAUAGAGAAGUAUUUCUCUAGCCUAUAACGCUAAUGAAGCUUCACUUCAAUCUCUCUUUAUUUAAAUACUAAUUUCAUUCAAUGUUUCUGCAUAUGGAAAAAUUCCAAACUGAAUCUCAAAUGAAAUUUCAAUAUUUUCUUUGUAUACUUGUAUGGCUUUGCGGAAAACAUGCAAGACUUUAAUACGAAUGCGUGAAUGGAUUACUGUCCGUUGACUAUUCGAACAAGAGAUGAGCUGGAGCUGGUCACUCCUCAUUAUUUUUUAUAAACUCCGAUUGUAGUGUGUUAUUCUAGUAGAAUCAAAAUCAAACCAGGGAAUUCUGCAGUAUGAAUGUUCUAUUGUCAACGUAUUCAAACUUUCAAUUUCUCAAAAAGAAUACUUUGACAGCUCAACUCUGGAGUUUAAGCAAAUGAUUCGACCUGAGCACAGCGCCCUUGUGACUGGAACACUGCACUAUUUGUGCUCUGCUCAAAACUUUGCUACACUUUUUAUUCAUCAACUGGCUAUUUAGCUUUUCAAUAAGCAACAUUUCAAAACUCUAUAGGGCAUGAGAAACAAAUGAAUAAUACUCCAUACGCAAUUUGCAAUACUUUCUAUAUAAUUACUGUUGUAUUUCUACUGUAUGUAGCUCCUAAGUUCAGAAACUACCGUACUGGAUAAGUUAUUUGAGUGCAAUAAUAUAUAAUAGAGUAGUAAAUCACCUUUAUAACUCAAUUUUAGCAUAUUCUAUCCUAUCUAUACCAUAAUUCCGCCAUGAAACCUAUCCUAUGUAUAUUUAUAUUAUUGUUUGUAAAUUGUAAUAAUGUAACUGUAUUGUAUAUAAUUAUACUGUGAUUUUGAUUAAAUUAUCCACUCUUAACUCUUAUUACGGUGCAUUGGAACCAUCAUCAAUAUGUUAGUUGAGAGUUGAUUGUGUGUUGUAUCAGGAUUUAACGAAAUUUAUGUAGUAAAUUGUAGUCUAUUCAUAAUUUUAUCAAAAUAUUUUCUUGUUUCCCUCUAAUGGCAUGAUGUAGGCCUAUGUGGACUUGU